GCAGCAGAAAGAAAAGAAAACCGUUUCAAAAAAGUGGGGAGAAAAUCACUAGAAAGACGAGGGAAAUCCUAUGGACAUACUGACUGUACACUGCCUUUUAUCGGACACUUCUGAACGCAUCUACAUGAAGGAGAUCUCUUGAACUUGUUAGAUUUUUCUCCAGCCAUGGCUUCUCUAAGAACAGUCUUCAAACUGUACGGAUGUUCCCGCAGUCUUCCACAGCGGCGUCCUGCCUGCUUUAAUCCACCCAAAAUGGUCAGCUGUUGGGCGUUUCCAGUCGUCCACUGUAGCACUGUAACACCAUCUAGUGAACUUUCAGUGCAUUACAAAUAUGGCCGCCCUGUACUGGCUCUGCCUCUGCCUUCCAGGCAGGAGAAAUGUCUGUUCCAUCUGAGACCCAUGGUUUCAAAUGUCAAUGACUUUAUUCUGGACAUUCAGAGAGAGGAUCCAGGAGUCUCAACAGUUUCUGUACUCAGCACAGAUGGGGUGAAAAUCGCCUCCACUACAUCUAUGUACACUCUUCUCAGCAAGGACUUUCAGCUGUGUAUUAAUGGAGUCCUCUACAAAGUCCAGGCAGCAUCAACAGAAUCAAUGCAAAGGGAAAAUGCGACCAGCACGGUGGAUUUAAAGGACAUGGUGCACAGGUUACACACAGCUCUGAACCUGCCUGAACAUCACCUGAAUAAGGAAAGGCAGCUACGCCAGAAACUGGACAUUCUGAACAAAGAACUAAUCCCUUUAGAGCAGAUGAAGGCUCAUCUUGUCGUUAGAGCUGAGCACAGAUCUUCAAAUGCUCUCUGGGGGGGCCUGGCUCUGCUCUCAGUGCAGGGUGGCGCUCUAGCCUGGCUCACAUGGUGGGUUUACUCCUGGGACAUCAUGGAGCCUGUCACCUACUUCAUCACCUACUCCACGAGCAUGGGGGUCUACGCCUACUAUGUUCUCACCAAGCAGGACUAUGUUUAUCCAGAUGCAAAAGACAGACAGUUCCUGCAUUACUUCUACAAAGGUGCCAGAAGACAGAAAUUUAACGUGGAGAAAUAUAAUAUGCUCAAAGACGAGCUGGCUUUGGUAGAGGAAGACUUGAGGCGUUUGCGCAACCCGAAUCAACUUCAAAUACCAGUGGAACAAAUUGAGCCCAACCGUAAUGCUGCACUUCCGUGAACAUUAUACAAUUAAUACUGGUGUUCAUUAAAUCUGUUUACAGAUAUUAUUUCAUGGCCUGCAUUUAGAAAACACCAUAUUUAUUGCAGUAAUAAACAUUUUUUGGAAUAACUAAAUAUUAAAAUAAAGCCUUCUACUUCCA